AUGCUCACCACCAUGCUACCACUCACCACCCUCUCUCUAGCCCUCCUGUCAUCAACAACAGGUGUCUUGGCCUCAGCAAAACCACCCAUCAAAGUCCCAGUCACACCAGCCCACCGCCGUUCAUCUUUACUCACACCCCGCAAUGGAGAAGGCUUCAUCCGCGCCCCCAUCCGUGCCGCCCCCGGCACCCCGCAAACCAAGCUCCGCCGUCGGCAAGAAGACGAAGGCCUAAACAACCAGAACCUAGGCACGACCUACACCAUCGACAUCGAAAUCGGGACUCCCCCUCAGACCGUCACCCUGAUCUUGGAUACCGGCUCGCCAGAUCUGUGGGUGAACCCGACAUGCGAGACUUCGGGGCAGGAAGAAUAUUGCCAGAGUUUUGCGCAGUUCGAUUACACCAAGAGCAAGACGAUUGAGGAUACGGGCGCGGCGGAUAUUCUGGGCUAUGGGAAGGGGAACGUGACGAUUGAGUAUGUGACUGAUGAUGUUACUAUUGGGUCCGCAAAGGUAAAAUCCCAAAUCCUCGGCAUCGGCUUUGAGUCGCAUGACAUCCCGCUCGGAAUCCUAGGCCUCUCGCCCUCCGUCAACCCUGACUCGCAGCCCUACCCUUACCUUUUAGACUCCAUGACUUCCCAAGGAAUAAUCUCCUCUCGCGCCUUCUCCCUCGACCUACGGAGCAUCGACAACCCCUCCGGCGCGAUAAUCUUCGGUGGCGUCGACCUAGGUAAAUUCUCCGGCUCGCUCGCAAAGCUCCCCAUGCUUGACCCCUCCGACACACCCUCCGGCGCAGACAGGUAUUGGAUCGUCUUGUCAGGUGUGGGCAUGACGUACCCCGAUGGACAGGUGGAGGAGUCCGAGGAAAUUGCCGUGCCGGUGUUCCUGGACAGUGGAGGCACGCUGUCAAGAUUACCGGCUACGAUAUUCCAGGCUAUCGGCGAUAGCUUUCCGGGGAGUCAGUAUGAUACCGAGUCAGGGUUUUAUAUCGUUGACUGCGCUGUCGCCGACGAAUCCGGGUCUGUCGAUUUCGUUUUCGGCAGCAAGAAGAUUAGGGUCCCGUACGGGGAUUUCAUCUGGGAAGUGCAAAGCGGGGUUUGCGUAGUCGGGGUGCUACCGACGGAUGAAGAGCCCGUGUUUGGAGAUAGUUUCCUGAGAGCGGCGUACGUGGUCUAUGAUCAGGAUAAUCGCAACUUGCACCUCGCACAGGCGGCAAAUUGCGGAGAGCAGAUUGUGGAGAUUGGGAGUGGCGCGAACGCGGUGCCGAGUAGCACGGGCAAAUGUAAGGAUUCUGGACCGACGGGAACUGAUGGUGGUGGGGGAUUGGAUGUUACUGCCACUAGAGCGCCGACGAAGACGGCGGCGGGGGGUGGGCCGCAGGUUACGAACUCGGACUUUGGACCGGGACCGGCGGGGACGAGGGUUAGUACUAGUGGUAUUGGUCUGCCGACGGGAACUGGUGGUGGUUCGGGAGGAGGGUCGGGGGGAGGGAACGACGAUAAUGAUAGUGCGGCGAGCGGGUUGGAUGUCGGGGUCACUGUUGCGGUGGCCUUGGCUGGGUUGAAUAUGCUUGCUGUUUGGUUGCUGUGA